UAAUGCAUGACGUUGGCAGCUUUCAAAGGAUUGAGAAAAUUGGUGAAGGCACCUAUGGUAUUGUGUACAAGGCAAGGGAUACAAAGACCGGAAAGGAUGUUGCGCUUAAGAAAAUACGCUUGGAAAGUGAAACGGAAGGUGUCCCUUCAACGGCAAUACGUGAAAUAUCCCUUCUAAAGGAUCUUCAGCAUGACAACAUUGUCCAAUUGUUUGAUGUUGUUGUGGCCGAUUCUAGUCUUUACAUGGUUUUUGAAUAUCUCAAUAUGGACUUGAAGAAAUUGAUGGAUAAGAAAAAGGAUGUCUUUACACCGAAAUUGAUAAAGAGUUACAUGUUUCAAAUGUUUGAUGCAAUUUCAUUUUGUCACACAAAUCGCAUACUACAUCGUGAUUUGAAACCACAAAAUUUACUCGUUGAUGCUUCGGGUAAUAUUAAAUUGGCGGAUUUUGGUUUAGCAAGAGCUUUCAAUAUGCCCAUGAGAGCCUAUACACAUGAAGUUGUAACAUUAUGGUAUAGGGCACCGGAAAUUUUAUUGGGUACGAAAUUCUAUGCGACUGGUAUGGAUAUUUGGAGUUUGGGUUGUAUAUUUGCUGAAAUGAUAAUGCGUCGUGCCUUAUUUCCUGGUGAUAGUGAAAUUGAUCAGUUAUAUAGAAUAUUUAGAACCCUGGGAACGCCCGACGAAACAACAUGGCCUGGUGUUUCUCAAUUACCUGAUUACAAAGCCAAAUUUCCCAGAUGGGAAAAAACGAAUAUACCCGAAAUUAUUGUUAAACAUGAAGCAUUUGAUCUCUUUAAGGCCAUGAUGGUAUAUGAUCCCAAUGACCGAAUAUCUGCCAAAAAUGCAAUGUUGCAUCCCUAUUUUGAUAAUUUGGAAAUUGUCAAACAUGUUGAUUUACCAAGAGAACCAUAA